AUGGGCCGACCGAAGAAGUCUUCCACUGCGACAGCAGCAAAGAAGGGGGCCAAAUCCUCCAAGAGUGCGGCUGCUGUGAAAGGUCAGGCUACACUUAAGACACAGACUACACUCAAAAAUUCUUUGACUAAGAGUACUACUUCUACUGCUGCAUCUGGAAUCAAAUUUAAGGCAUCAAAAGUUACAAGAGCGAGUGAGAAAAAGAAAGAAAAGGAAGCCGCGGAGGAGGUUGUGAAAGUUGAAGUUGAGAAGAAGGCAGUGGUUGAGGAAGUCGCUUCUACUACUACUGCCACCAAUGCUACUGCUGCUACUACGACUACAACGACGAGUGUAGAGAGUAAGGAGACAAAAGAAGAAAAAGUGCCGGUUACACCGCGAAAGACUAGGAAUAAACGUACAAUCGAAGAUGUCCUGGAAGACUCGGUCUCCAAGAGAGUGAAGCUUGACGACACCGCCGAUGAACCAGUUCAAACUCCUACUCCGUCGAAACGAAGGACUACAUCCUCUGCUCCCGCAACAGCUUCAUCAAAAGUCUCAAAACCAAUUGAACAAGAAGAAAAGGGCGACGAUGAAGAAGAGGAAGAGGAAGAAGAGGACAAUGCCCUCCCCAAACGGAUAAUCCGCCUUAUCACCAUUCACAACAGUAUUAUCUCGCUCCUUCUUCUUGAUUACGCCACGCAACCAGCGAUAUUGGCCGAAUACCUCCCACAGAUUUCAAGAAAUGCAAAUACAAAUAUCACACUCGUUGAUUUACAACGAAUUGUUACGCUUUCGGAAGGAACUAUACGUUUACUUGUGGUGGAGAAUCGAGGGAAUGCUAUUGAAUUGGUUAAUGGAGUCAAUUGGAAGACAUCGAAUUUGGGACAAAAGUUUAAGGCUCGAAUUGAGAAGUGGUGGGAAGGAAAGACGAAAGCAGAGAGGAAGGAUGAAGAUAAAUUACUGGGCAGCAUUGAAUUGGCAGAGAUUCUCCCAGAAAAUACCACCUCUUCGACUUCCUCUUCUCAGGCGACAACAGGACUUCAGACUCCUCCCGUAACACCGUCGAAACCUAAGGGAGUAACGACAACCCCGUUAUCGAAGGGACAGAGAAGACUGCAAGAUUUGAAGAACUUUACGCUGUCAAAGCAGACCUCGUUGUCACCGUCUCCUAGUAAGAAAAAGGAAAACAUUUCGUUAUCAACGGGGAACUCGCCGUCUGUUGCGAACAGGAAAUCCUCGUUACUCGAACGCAUACGCGCUAAAGCCCAAGCUGCGAAUUCGGCGCCUGCUCCACCUCCUCCAGCGGUUUUGCAGAGACGGACAGCAAUGCAAUGGCUUGAAUCUAUUAUUCCUAUAUUACUACAGCUUACCACUCCGGUUUCAACUCUGGGGGCUAAGAGUAAACUUCAUGUUCCGUCGACUACCUCAUUCCCCAUGACUACGGUGAUCCAGAAUGUGAAGACGUCAUUGCAGAAGCCGAUCGCUAGUGAAGAUAUUGAGAGGAGUUUGAGAUUAUUGGCUGACGAAAUUGCAACGGAUUUCGUAAAGAUUGUAGAGUGGAAGGGAGACUCGACGGGGAGUCCAUUAAUCGGGGUUGUUUUUAAUCGUAAUGGGAGGGCUAAAGUUGAGGGGUGGAAGUAUAUCGAGGAGGAAUAG